UGUUACUCUACCACGAUGAAAGCCCUACAAAUCGCUUUGGUCCUGCUCAUCUCUUCGGCCUUCGCAAUGGGGCAAAAUAACAACACCAAUGAAAACACAAUCGUCAUCGGACAACCUGGAAAAUCGUAAUUCAUAUUUACUCUUACGAUUUCACAGCAAUGUUUAACUAAUCGUAUGAGGUGAAAAUAAAGAAUGUAUUACUAUUAA